AUGCGCUUUGGUCACCCAGCAGUUCUCCGACCCCUCUGCGGCCCCCCGCGCAGGCGCUCAGGGAGCUCUUGGACUCCAGGUUCCCGCGGCUGGGAGAAAAGGAGGCGGGGAUAUGAAAGGGGAAGUGACUCCAAAGCGCCCGGACGCCGCGGCGGGAACCAAUCAGGGAACGUGACGUCAGUUUGGCGCGGAGUUUGGCGGCCGGGGCUUACAGUGGCGGGAGUUGGAGGAAAUAACGAGUCGUGGUGUGAGGGUGCGAGCUCCGAUUUCGGCUCAUCUUGGGGGCAUCUCCACUGCUUUUUUUUCAGCUCAGCUUUUCCUUUGGCCCAGAUGCUCUUCAGUUCGGUGCUUCGCCAGCCCCAGCUUGGCGUGCUGAGAAGUGGAUGGUCUUCUCAGUACCCUCUACAGUCCCUCCUAACUGGUUAUCAGUGCAGCAGUAAUGAUGAACACACUUCUUAUGGAGAAACAGGAGUCCCAGUUCCUCCCUUUGGAUGCACCUUCUCUUCUGCUCCCAAUAUGGAACAUAUACUAGCAGUUGCCAAUGAAGAAGGCUUUGUUAGAUUAUAUAACACUGAAUCACAAACUUGCAAAAAGAAAUGCUUCAAAGAAUGGAUGGCUCACUGGAAUGCUGUCUUUGACCUGGCCUGGGUCCCUGGUGAACUUAAACUUGUUACAGCAGCAGGUGAUCAAACAGCCAAAUUUUGGGAUGUAAAAGCUGGCGAGCUGAUUGGAACAUGCAAAGGACAUCAAUGCAGUCUCAAAUCGGUUGCCUUUUCCAAAUUUGAGAAAGCUGUAUUCUGUACAGGUGGAAGAGAUGGCAACAUUAUGGUCUGGGACACCAGGUGCAACAAAAAAGAUGGGUUUUACAGGCAAGUGAAUCAAAUCAGUGGAGCUCAUAAUACCUCAGACAAGCAAACCCCUUCAAAACCCAAGAAGAAACAGAAUUCAAAAGGACUUGCUCCAUCUGUGGAUUUCCAGCAGAGUGUUACCGUGGUCCUCUUUCAAGAUGAGAAUACAUUAGUCUCAGCAGGAGCUGUGGAUGGGCUUAAAAAUAUCCUAAAAGAAGAAAUCUAUUCUGGGAUAAUUAAAGUGUGGGAUCUGCGUAAGAAUUAUACUGCUUAUCGACAAGAACCCAUAGCAGCCAAGUCUUUCCUGUACCCAGGUAGCAGCACUCGAAAACUAGGAUAUUCAAGUCUGAUUUUGGAUUCUACUGGCUCUACUUUGUUUGCUAAUUGCACAGAUGACAACAUCUACAUGUUUAAUAUGACAGGAUUGAAGACUUCUCCAGUGGCUAUCUUUAAUGGACAUCAGAACUCUACCUUUUAUGUAAAAUCCAGUCUUAGUCCAGAUGACCAGUUUUUAGUCAGUGGCUCAAGUGAUGAAGCUGCCUACAUCUGGAAGGUCUCCACACCCUGGCAUCCUCCUACUGUGCUGUUGGGUCAUUCUCAAGAAGUCACGUCUGUGUGCUGGUGUCCAUCCGACUUCACAAAGAUUGCUACCUGUUCUGAUGACAAUACACUAAAAAUAUGGCGCUUGAAUAGAGGCAUAGAGGAAAAACUGGGGGCAGAUAAACUUUCCACAGUCGGUUGGGCGUCUCAGAAGAAAAAAGAGGCUAGAGCCAGCCUAGUAACAGUAACGAGUAGCCAGAGUACUCCUGCCAAAGCCCCCAGGGUAAAGAGCAGUCCGUCCAUUUCUUCCCCAUCUUCUGCAGCUUGUGCUCCAAGCUGUGCUGGAGAUCUCCCGCUUCCUUCAAAUACUCCCACAUUCUCUAUUAAAACCCCUCCUGCCAAAACCCGAUCUCCCAUAAGCAGAAGAGGCUCUGUCUUCUCUGUCUCUCCCAAGCCACCCUCAUCUUUCAAGAUGUCAAUUAAAAACUGGGUGACUCAAACACCUUCCUCAUCACCACCUAUCACUCCACCUGCUUCUGAAAUGAAGAUCACAUCUCCAAGGAAAGCCCUUAUUCCUGUGAGCCAGAAGUCAUCCCAAGCAGAGGCUUGCUCUGAGUCUAGAAAUAGAGUAAAGAGGAGGCUAGACUCAAGCUGUCUGGAGAGCGUGAAACAAAAGUGUGUGAAGAGUUGCAACUGUGUGACUGAGCUUGAUGGCCAAGUUGAAAAUCUUCAUUUGGAUCUGUGUUGCCUUGCUGGUAACCAGGAAGACCUUAGUAAGGACUCUUUAGUUCCUGCCAAAUCAAGUAAGAUUGAAGGAGCUAGUACAAGUAUCUCAGAGCCUCCUUCUCCUGUCAGUCCUUAUGCUUCAGAAGGCUGUGGAACGCUUCCUCUUCCUUUGAGACCUUGUGGAGAAGGGUCUGAAGUGGUAGGCAAAGAGAAUAGCUCCCCAGAGAAUAAAAACUGGUUGUUGGCCAUGGCAGCCAAAUGGAAGGCUGAGAAUUCAUCACCUCGAAGUCCAUCCUCCCAGACACCCAAUUCCAGGAGACAGAGCGGAAAGUCAGCACCAGGCCUGGUCACCAUUACUCCCAGCUCCAUGAGGAAAAUCUGUACAUACUUCCAUAGGAAGUCUCAAGAUGACUUCUGUAGUCCUGAACACUCAACAGAAUUAUAGAUUCUAAUCUGAGUGAGUUAACUGAACUUUGGUCCACUUAAACAAGAUGAAAAAUACAACAGAAUGACUCUAUAUAACUGGUCUUUUAGAAAGCUGCCAUCUUUCAUUUUUUAAAGAAAAGUCUUUCAACUGUGAAAUGCGCCUAGUCUGGUGCUGCUACCAUAGUAAAGACACAGCUUCCCAAGGAUGAAUGCUGUGUUUAAAUUUCAUAAAGUAAAUUUGACACUGUGUAGCAUUUUUUAAUUAAUAGCCUUUGCUUUUUAAAUUAUGCAUCUUUACAAUAAUGACAUCCAUUCAUGGAGGCAAAAAAUAAGACAUGUGUCUUGUUAUCCUGAAACUUUCUAUGCUCAGAAGGUGUCUGCCAGCCAAAGCAGGAAGGCUGACUGUUGAAGAAAUCCUCUGCUGAAGACCCCUGGUUCUGUUUUGCCUCAAACAAGUAUAAUUUUAUUUGAAAUAUAUAAUCUUUUCACUACAUUUUUGUGUUUUUUUUUAAAUAUGUGUAAAAAUGUGAUGUUCAGAUAAGUGCAUUUAUAUCGGUUCAGUGUUAAAAUACAGUGUGAGUUAAAGUCAUUUUUAUUUUAAAUGCAGUGAUAAAUGUCAACUCUUUGGAGAA